AUGAUUUUAAACAUUUUAGGAGACGAGCAAUACCGCGCCGGUGGAAGCAGCAGCGGAAGUCCUCCAGCGAGUCUUCUAGUUGUGCCACAACCCUUGACAGUUAAACCCUCACAUCCGUCGCAUCUUAAUCCUCAUCUAGGGGGUCCUCAUCCACCCAGAAAGUAUCAGUGUAAAAUGUGUCCGCAGGUAAGCGUUAUUGUUAUGAAUUAUGACAACAAUUAUUUAAGAAUCUACGAUAUGCGAUUACAAAGCUUAUUAUUAUGUUUUUAUCUUGUAUCUUGUACCAGAACUCUUUUGGUGUUAAUGCCGGAUCAGAUUGCUGACAAUUAUGAUUUUUAUCUUUUUAAACGCGAGAAUUCCUGGGGAAAGUGUCCAAACACUUAA